AGUCCAUGAUCUUCAUUCCCCUUGGUCUGAUUCUGAGGCUGUUCAUCUCCCUGGUUUGCUCCCCGGGGGAUAUGGCGAGCCAAAGAGCAUCUGUGCUCUCCUCUGGGGCUUGCUGCCAUGGGGGCAACCUGGUCCCAGCUUGCCUCACUUGUGUUUGCCCCUGCAGCUGGACAUGCCUGGGGACAUGCCCCUGCUGGUGCCACCUGCACGAGGCAGGAGCAGGGCUGGGGCUGGGGCGCUGACACUCUUCCUGCCAGGAGAGCUGCUAUCAGACCAUCUUCACCUGCAGUCAAACAGCGCAGGUUUCCCCUGGUUUCUCUUUAUCACAUUGUCAAGUACCCCAUACACAAUCAUAUUAACAGUGACAGCUAGAGCCCACACAAAGCAUAUUUCUGCAUUUAGGUUCCCAGUUUUAAUCAGGGAAUAGCAAUUGGUACAUUCCUGAUCUGGAGACAGGUUGAAGGCAGCAGGGUGUAGUCAUGAGUGAGCACUUCCCUGUCAACGAGCAGGGUACAGCCACCAACUGUCUGUUCAUGCUGUGUGUACUCCCUCACACAGCAGCCGUUCUCAGAAUUGUAUUGCGGGGACUUCGCUGCGGUUUAUUCACCAUCCACAUAUAGGGCCGCAACGGUAAUAACGUAAUGUAUGAAGUUGAAAUGGUUCCUGGCACAAUGGCUGCUAAAAGGAUCAUUAUUCACAGAUUUCUCAGAUCUCUUUUGUUCUGGACACCCUCACAUCCCUCUCUGAGCAGGGGUGCAGUUUCAUUCUCUUUAAACCAGUCCCCCAUAAACAGUUUCUAACCGUUUGCAGAGUCUGAAGGGUUUGUGCCCACAGGUCUGGCACACACAGUCUAUGGGAGCUGUGCUAUAAGCUCCAAUAAGAUGUUUGUUGGAGUGUUGUCCUGGUUUCCCUCGGUGAGGUUGGUGCAAUAACUGAUCACUGCAGUUAUGGGAAAAGCCUGUUUACUGGCCCAUCGUCACAGGGCUCGCACUCCAAGCAUGUUUCCAGAUGAGUUCACUGGCCUGAACGUUUCCCCCUUAGCUCAAUAGGACUUUCCAGAGCUCGCUGCAAACAUCACCCCCUCCCCCAAGCUGCUCUCUGAGCAAUCACAGGCGCUGGUCCCAGCCAGCAUCUUGCAGGGUGAUUUAUUUCAGCCAAGCUUGCCUUUGCCCGCACCAGGUUUCAUUAUCUGCAAUUCCGGGAGGUCACAGCGAUUACGGGAAAAGCCUGUUUACUGGACCAUCAUCACAGGGCUCGCACUCCAAGCGUGUUUCCAGAUGAGUUUACUGGCCUGAACGUGUCCCCCCGGCUCAACAGGGAUUUCCAGAGCUCACAGGAAACGCCCCACACAGCUGCUCUCUGAGCAAUCACAGGCACUGGUCCCAGCCACGGCCCCACACAACUGCUCUUGGCCCCAGCCCAAACUGAUCAAGACCGCCACAGUGACGCUGCCCCAGGAAGGCACGGGGGAACAACAGGGCAUAGGCACCAAUGGGGCGCACACACACACGCGCACCGUUGUCACAACAUAGGCUGCCUGAGGAGCGGGCACUGAGCCUCUCCAGUCGCGCCUCCUGGGCCCUGCACGGUUUGUGUCUGUAACAGAAGUGCUGUAACAGAUCCACACAUCCGUGUCAGCCAAUGGGAAAUCGGGCAGAAAUCAUCCCGCUCUGCACCGAGGGGAGUCACGCUCUAACAGUUGGUCUCUGGUAAUAUGGGCAAACGUCCGUGAUGGUGCCAAGCGUCCUGCCUAGAGCAAGCAAACCUUCCAGCCCUGAGCAGAGACUGCCUGGGCCAAGGUUACUCUGCUCCAGAGCCAAAGCGGCGACAAGGGUUGGGCUGAGAGAACAAAGUCCCUGACCCUGCACGGCCCCAAUUUGUGUCAGCACUCCUCAGAGGAGCUUCCAUGCUGGCAGGGCUCUGCCAGGUGAUCUGGGACUGGUGGCAUGCAGACUGGGACAUCUGAGGCCUGCAUAGAGCACAGCGGAGGCAAGAGUCAGCCCUGUGCUCCCCAAACUGCUGCGCGUGUUGUGGGGGAGCAGCGGCCAUGGAGAGGGGACUGGGAGACAGAAGGGAGAUGGACCCCAGGGAAGAGGAGGUGCAAGGAGGGACAUGCAUGAGAAGGAUCUCACACAGGCUCACACUGAGGGUGAGCUUCUGGUUGAUGCUGCAAGCACUACCUUGCAACACACUUGCACAGGUACCCAGCCCUUGUACCCCUGGCUGCAGGGGGGCUGUGGGCAUAGGGACAAUCCAGGAGGAGAGCUUUGGGUGUCAGCUCUCAGAGAGGCUGAGGGGCCACAGGAGCACAGCCCUCUCCAGCACACCUCAAGCCACCCUGUCCCAGCACUGUGAGGCAAUAGCUGUGGGUGUGAGCACCCGGUGAGGGGACAAAAAAUCCCCAUCCCAAGAGGGGAAGUGCAGAAGCAAGGGCAGACCCAAGCUGGCCACAGGGCAGGAGAGUGGGCAGUGCAACUGGGGUAGCGGAGUGGGGGCCAUGCAGAAGGGCUAGGCACCAAACACAGCAGCAUCCCAGAGGCACACACGGGUGGGUCUUCUCGGGUCACACCAGCAGAUGCUGGCCCUGACAUGUUUCCCGUGGGCUCUGACGACAGCAGCCGCAGCCUUGGAGCUCUUGGGGCUGCAGCUCGUCCACAAACCCCUCCAGCGCUGCCACAGCCGAGUCCUCCUCUUCCUGGUGUGCGCCCUGCCCCGCAGCCCUGCGCCUCCCUUCGCGCUCCCUCCUCUCGCAGCUGCCGCUUGUGCAACUUCCUGCGGAGCUAAACCGAAAGCAGUGCAGGGGCCGGAGCCGCUCCCGUGCGGGGACGCAGCGCUCCCGGACUGGCAGCGCCUCCUGAGAGCUCUGCAGGGCUGCCAGGAGACGUUGCUCUCUCAGUCUGAAACGGGGUGCUCUACAGUGCCUGGAGACGCAGCUAUGUGCGAAGACAAGCAAGUAAAGGAGACAGAGCUAAGGCUGGUGCUUGUUGGUAAAACCGGAGGUGGGAAAAGCGCGACGGGAAACACCAUCCUCGGGAGGAGAGCAUUUGAGUCACGUCUAGGGGUGCAGGCAGUGACGCAGAGGUGCGCAAGCGCGAGUACUGUCUGGCAGGGCAGGAGGGUUUUGGUCACAGACACGCCUGCCAUUUUUGACACGCCGAGGUGCAGCAAGGAAUCGUACCAAGAGAUUGCACGUUGCCUGCUGCUGUCUGCACCAGGUCCUCAUGUGCUGGUGCUGGUGACCCAGCUGGGCCGGUACACAGAGGAGGAUGAGGUCGCUACAAAGCAAGUCUGGUGCAUCUUUGGGCAUGAGGCCAUGAAGCACACGAUUGUCCUCUUCACCCGGAAGGAAGACUUGGGGGACGGCUCCCUACAUGAGUACGUGACGGACACUGACAACACAGCUCUCCAGAGACUAAUUCGAGACUGUGGAGACCGGUACUGUGCUUUUAACAACACGGCAACUGGAGCAGAACAGGACACCCAGGUCAGAGAACUGCUAGAGCUCACUCAGAGGGUGGUAAAGGGGAAUAUAAAUUCUUAUUACACAAACAAACUCUAUUCCCAAGCCACGUUGGUCCUCAGUGGGAAUGAGAGAGAUUUUGAAGAAAAAUGCAGAGUCUUUGGAAAGCUAGUGGAGCAACAGCUAAACACCCAGAAAGCCUCAUGGGGGGCAGAUUGCUGUUGCAUGGUGGGUCGGGUGGCAAGAGCAGUGUACAACAGUCCAUGGCUAGAUUGUUAUUGCACACUUAAAAUGAUUCUGUGGGUUGUACAUUUUAUAUGUCGGGUGUCUUCCUGGGGAUGGAGGCAGGUUGUAUCACUGUAUAUUCGCUUCUUUGGUUAGCAUUGGAUGACUUUAUAUUGUCUUACUUUUUCCCUGGUAAUUGCACCAUGUUGCUUAAUAACACAGUUGAUUUCCAUUGUAGCGCUGUUGAAGUCUUUGUUCUGUGUUAUGGCCUAAGACUCUGUUAGUAUAAAACAAAUGCACAAAGUGA